CGUCAAACGUUCUGGGGUUGAGAUCGACGCCGUGGUAGAAUGGCGAACCCGGACGAUCCCCUCCUGGAUCCGCCGCCGCCGGCGGCGGCGAGCAACCGAGUCAGCAACAACGGCGGCAGCCGCGUCGUCCCGUGGGUGGCGCCCCUGAUCGGCCUCGCCGUCAACCUCGCGCUCUGCAUCUACCGCGCGGAAGGGGACCGCGCGGCGAUCGCCUUCGCGUGCUUCGCCUACCUGAACCUCCUGCUUCUCUUCUGCUGCAUCCACCACUUCGACCAGGCGCCGAGCGGAUCGCCGGCGCGGGGCCGGAUCAUCAGGGUCGCCGUGUGGCUGCUCGCCGCAUCGCUGGCCGCCGUCUUCACCUGGAAGGUGGCGGCGAUGAUGCCCCUCCCCGUCGCGGCGUUCACAUGGGUCAUGGCCGCCGCCACCGUCGUCGGUGGAUUCUACGGCUUCUUCAUCCAUGAGUACAAGUGAAGUGAUGAACUGAUCCAGAAGCUUCGUUAACUCAAAUCACACAACAACUCUGCAUACUUAAUCCGUCUUGCUUGUCUGACUGAUGGUUUAAGAGUUAAGACCGGUGGACAAAAUUAUAUCCCGGAUCAUAUAUAAAUGAAUAAUGUACUGGAUGCUUCAGUGGUAUAUAUACUUGUGUGUGCACC